CAAGCCAGACCUACGUCUUUUUCUAAUCAGAGUUGGCAACACUGGCCAGAUGUCAAAUGUCACAGAAAAUCAGUGUACGUCAAAUUGACACAAAUGUCAAAUUUCUCCAGUAAAUUACAAACUCUGCCACUAUUAAAUUAAAGUUUAAAAUCAAGUACUGAAACUUGACAGUUUUGUAAAGCCUGACGUGCUGUUGACUGUAUCACACUUUUGACAACAAAGCACAUACUGUGGCAUAUACCUAUUAAUACAAUAUUGGAUAAUGCUUUAAAAUAACACGAAAUGCCCUUAAUAAUAAUUUGCGGGACCCCUGUGAGUGGGAAAACUACUAGAGCAUAUGAAAUCAAAAAUUUCUUUGAAAAAACACAUGGCAAACAAGUGGAAAUUGUGUCCGAAGAUGAAGCCAUAAGGAAAUUAGGUUAUGAUAAAAAUACUAUGUAUUUGGAUUUCCAAAAAGAAAAAAGAGUGAGAGGAUAUCUUAAAUCAGAGGUGCUAAGAUUGAUAGGCAAGGAUAAUGUUAUCAUAUUAGACGGGAGUAACUACAUAAAAGGAUACCGUUAUGAACUUUACUGCGCAUCAAAAGCUUCAAAAUCCACUCAGUGUACUAUUUAUACUAUAUGUAAUCAUGAUGAGGCAUGGGAAAAUAACCAAUCUCGUUUAAAUAACAAGGAAAGCUCAUUAGAGACUGAUGUAAAUAAAAUGCCUUACACUGAAGAAGUAUUCAAUGCUUUAACUAGACUAAGGUUUGAAGAACCAAAUAGCGCAAACAGAUGGGAUAGUCCACUAUUCACAGUUCAGCCAUCUGAUAUACUGGAUCUCAACUCAAUAUACAAAGUACUGUUUGAGAAAAAACCUCCCCCUCCCAACAUGAGUACCCAAAAUCCACCGCUCACAUCAACGAAUUUCUUAUAUGAGCUUGAUAAAGUAACUCAAGCAGUGUCCAAACAUAUUCUCGAAGCUAAGCAGCUGAACAUAAGCGGAGAAGUCAAGUUUCCAGACUACCCAGGAUGUGUUUUAGAGUCUGGCUUUAUAGAGUUUGUCACUCCUCAGAAACUUUUAAAAUUAAGAAGACAGUUUCUGACGUAUGCUAAAAUGAAUCAUUCUAAUGAAGACACCAAUAAGAUUGGUAGAUAUUUCAUACAAUAUUUGAAUAAAACAUUAAUGGAAUAAUUUGGUUGGGUUUUCAUUUUAUAACAUUUUUUCA